AUGGACCAGGUGUUGCCAAAGCAGUCCCUCUCCUUGUUCGAAUCUCUGCCUAUUGACUUGGUCGUGGCGCUUUUAUCCGCCUUGAUAUCCAUAGCCGACCUCCAUGCACUCAUACGCGCCUCGCCUGCGAUCUACAGGAUCUUCCUAUCGGCUAAGCGGGCAGUGCUGGUAGCUAUUGUGGCCAGAGACCUGGGUCCUGCGCUGCGGGACGCCGUUGGCGCAACGCUGAUAGCGCCUACAAGAUUCGAAGACAGAGUGGCAACAUACUUUGAUGAAAUCGAGAAAGUCAUCCAACGAUACAAGGCGUUACCCCGCAGUAAUGGAGGACUGGCAUCCGCGAGUGGCCUAUCUGCUGAUGCGGCCGUCGCAAUCGUUCAACUCAACCGCAGCGUGCAAUUCCUCAUCGAUGAGAUCGCCGCAUCUAAGCUCAAAAAGCUCCGCAAGGUACAUCCUGGCGCCGGCGGUUCGCUGACGGUAAACGAGCGCCGGCGCCUCGCUCAGGCUCUUCUUCGUCACCAAAUCCUUGCACACCUCGAGUGUAGUCCCACGCUGUCGCGCGGAGCUGCAGUCGUUCACAUGUUCUUCGAUCUCUUGAAACCUUGGGAGAUGCACCAGCUCGCUGAUAUCCACUCUUUUGUGCGCUGGGUGCAAUCUUGUGCGUUCCUCCAUUCCAAAGAAACGGAACUGGUAGACAGGCGGAGACAUGGCCGGUCAAAGACGCGGCUGCAGAAGGAGAAGGAUGAGGCGCUCUGUAACCUUGGCACCUUGCAUAGGAAAAUCGUUGCCGAACGCAAGCGCCUGGCGGCAGACAAAGGGCUGACGACGGCGUUUCUGUCAAGCCAUUGCGCGCGUACGGCCAUGAGCAAGGUGUCGGCCUCGGCUCACUUCCAAUUCCUCAUAGCGGGGCCAAUAUCCCUUCAUGCAGGCUCUGGGCGUAUGGCUGAAGAGUCUCGAAGCCUCCGUCACGAACUUUACCAGCGAGAGAAUUCCAUGCCGCCGCUGGUGCCCUCCGAAGACGACCCCAGCGCUCCACCAUUCGCAUGGGUCGACGGACACGGUAGUCUCGAUUGCCAGCGCUGGGGCACGCUCGCGCGCCGGGAAGUGCUGCCCGCGGGACAGGAGGACAUCAUGGCCCGCCAGCAGAUCUGGAUGCGGCAGAAGCUGGAUCAGUGGCGCUGGCUGGGAUUCCCGUUCUGGGAUGUGGCCCGCGUUGAGAUGCUCAAGACGCGAUUGCCUGUCUUUGAGACUGGAUGGCUUACAGUUGCGCCGCCGCCUGAUGAAGAGUGCGAGAUCUACACAGCUAUAUAG